AUGUGUCUCCAGGAAAUGCCCCAAGUCCUAAGACAACUAAUGCAGUCAUCGGAAGAAGAUGACCUUUACACAAACUGCACAGUCACGAAGAAGAUGAAAAACCAUGAAUGUCCAGAAUGUGGGAAAGCCUUCACCAGUUCUGGAAAUGUGAAGACUCACAUGUUGGUACACACGGGUGAAAAGCCUCUAGAGUGCCCAGUGUGUGGGAAAAAAUUCCGUCAUAUUGGAAAUGUAAAGUCUCACAUGUUGGUGCAUACGGAUGACAAACCUCAUGGAUGUCCAGUGUGUGGGAAAAGAUUCCGUCAUGUUUUAAGCUUGAAGAAUCACAUAACGGUACAUUCGGAUGACAGACCUCAUGAGUGUCCAGAGUGUGGGAAAAGAUUUAGUCGAAUUGGCGGUAUGAAGACUCACAUGCAGGUGCAUUCUGAUCAUAAGCCUUUUGAGUGUGCUGAAUGUGGGAAAAAAUUUAGAAUACGUGGAGAUGUGAUAAAACACAUUUCGGUGCAUUUGGGUGAUAGACCUCAUGAGUGUCCAGAGUGUGGGAAAAGAUUUAGUCGUCUAGGCACUAUGAAGUCGCACAGAAUGGUGCAUAUGGGUGACGAGCCUCAGGAGUGUCCCGAGUUUGCGAAUAAGUUCAGUCUUCGAGAUAUGAAGACAGACAGAAUGGUGCUUAAGGGUGAUCAGCCUUAUGAGUGUCCAGAUUGUGGGAAAAGAUUCAGUCGUUUUCGAAACAUGAUGACUCACAUGGUGAUACAUACGAGUGACAGGCCUUAUGAAUGCCCCGAAUGUGGGAGAGGAUUCAGUCAUCCUACAACUCUUAAGAGGCACAGGGUUGUGCAUACAGGAGAUAAGCCUUACGAGUGUACAGUGUGUGGGAAAACAUUUAGUCGUCUUGACACAAUGAAGUCUCACAGGUUAGUACAUUCUGGUGAUAAGCCUUAUGAAUGUCCUGAUUGUGGGAAAAGAUUCAUUCGUCUUGGAGAUAUGAAUGUACACAGGAAAGUGCAUUCGGAUAUUAAGCGUUAUGAAUGUCCCGUAUGUGGGAAAAGAUAUAAGUAUCUUAAACAUAUGAAAAAGCAUGUGUUAUUGCAUUCAGAUGUUAAACCUCACAUUGCCUAA